AUGGUCGGAACAUCACCUCUCGAUGAGUUCGGCUCCGAGACCCGAUCAAAAGCAAUAAAACAUGUCACCCGCGCUUGUAGUAGUUGCCAGAAGCGCAAAACGAAAUGUGACGGAUUGAAGCCGCAGUGUUCUGUCUGUAUGCUGUAUAAACGGGACUGUGCCUAUUCACAACAGAUCGACAAGCGCAGAAUGGCAUCGAAAGGGAAAAUUUCGACAUUGGUGACCUAUGUACAAGCUCUCGAAUCUUUGCUGCUGCGUCAUCAUAUUGAAUUUCCAUCUGGCCGGCCGGGAAACUUCUUACCUCCGUUGCCUUCACCUUCUCCCUCUGCCCCCGACCCUGAACUCGAACCGACCGAGACGGUGCAAGGGGUGACUGAUGGUACGGCUCCUACGAUCGAGAAAUCCAUAUCCCCUGUGUCAAACAAUAGUCCAGAUGAUAUCCAAGAUCAUCUAUCCAUCUCCGCGGAAUCAUCAUACCAUAUCAAUCCCUUGGCCGACCGCAUGGGGUCAUUGCAGAUUGCAGAAGAUGGGCAGCUGCGACUUUUUGGGCCAACCUCAAAUCUUCACAUAUCACACGUCGGUCCCUUUCCACUUUUCAACUCAAACAUUCGUUUAGUCCACUGGAAUGAGGCUCUCAUCCUUACGGCAGCUGGAGUCAAUAGUCAUGUUGACAAAGAGCUGGAAGAUCAUCUGACCAAGCUAUACUUCGCUUGGGAAAAUCCGAAUAUUCCAUUGGUCGACGAGAGGGCUUAUUAUGAAGGAAAGAAUUGCUACAGAAACCUCAAUCAACCGAAUCAUCGAUAUUCUGAGGUUUUGAAUAAUGCCAUAUGUGCUGUUGGGGCUACUUUGACUUCUCGCUAUUGCCCUGAUCUACCAGAAUCCCUUGUUGAUUUCUUUGCGACAAGGUCCAAGGCCCUCUUAGAGGUUGAAAUGGACUCGCCAACUCUGAGUACCGUCCAGUCUCUUGGUAUCCUAAGUGGCGUGGAGGCACUUCUCACAAGAGAUGCUCGUGGCUGGCUCUAUAGUGGGAUGGCAAUGCGGCUUGCCACAGACCUUGGCCUCCAUAUUGAUGCUGCUCCUUUCGCUGAGCGUGGCCUGAUAGACCUUGAAGAAGCUCGCCUCCGCAGCUCUACAUUCUGGGGGACUUAUGCCCAUGAAAGGAUGUGGAGCUUAUAUGUUGGGCGCCCCGAAGCCAUUGACCACUUAGAUAUUACUGUACAACUCCCUUCCCCAAGCAGCUCUCAGCCUGAUGUGAACCAUGUUUGGCGCCCAUACAUUGACGAAAACCAACAAACCAACAAUUGGGAGUCUCCGGCGUUACUUCAUGAAGUGGCCCAUGGGACGGUCACACUUUGCACUAAAAUGGCCUCAAUACGCAAAGUCCUUUACAGUAUCCCUCGAGGGACCAAGCCCGAUAUCAAGAAACUUUACGCGUUUGCAACUAAAGCAAGAGACGAGCUUGCCAUGUGGGUGUCUGGAUUGUCGGAAAGCGUGUCUGUGGAUAUGAUGGAUCUUGGUCGCAUUCACCUUCCCCACGUCCUGCAGUUGCAUAUGCAAUUCCAUGCCGUUCGAAUUAUUAUCGAUCAACCCUUCGCCUUCCAAGUACCUAGCCUAGGAGGCUUGACCGAGGAAAACAUAACCCACAGCCGGGAAUGCUGCCAUGAUGCUGCUCUUUCCAUCACCAAGCUUCUUCAGGCUAUUCGUCGCCAUUUCUCGCUCCGCCGAGUCAAUAUCCAGACCGUUCAUCUUAUAUUCACAGCAAUGCUGGUGCACACUCAAAGCGCCUUCCUAUCCCCCGAUUUCCAGAUGCGCGACACAGCGCGAAGACAACUCGAAAUCUGUUCGCAGGCUCUAGGUGAGAUUGGCCAAGCUUAUAAGAAUGCACUCCGAGCCUUGGAAGUGAUCACUUCUAUUAAAUCCGAACUUCUUCGCCAGGAAAGAAGGGAAUCCACUAGCGGUCUUAGUAUUAUCGGUCAGUCAAAUUCCAUAAGCUCAAUGGUCGCCCUGGGUCAAAUCCAAUCGGGAUUGUUCGGUGUGGAACCGGGGGAAUCACAAUCGUGGCCGGAUAAUCUUACUAGCAAUUCGUUGUUUAAUCUUUGCGGGAGUAUGCCAGACGCCGACUUGGACCGGUGCGCUUCUAUGGCCGAUCAAAUUCCUCUUCCCGAACAUUCUUCAUGGGCACCAUGUGUUGACUCCUCUGCUCCUUUGUGCCCUGAAGGAAAUGGCCUGGCAGACUCUUCAAUGCAUUAA